AUGGAUGGCUCAUUUGGAGUAAGAAAGGGUGCAUGGACUGUAGAAGAAGAUAAUCUCCUAAGGAGGUCCAUUGAAAGAUAUGGUGAAGGAAGAUGGCAUCAAGUCCCUCAAAGAGCAGGUUUGAAUAGAUGCAGGAAAAGCUGCAGAUUGAGGUGGUUGAACUACCUGAAGCCAAAUAUCAAGAGAGGAGAGUUGUCGGUCGAUGAGAUUGAUCUUAUUAUGAGACUUCAAAGGCUUCUUGGUAACAGACUACGCUAUGUUUAUCUUCUAUACAAUCAAAAGACAAUGAUAGUGACCAGUGACGGAGUUGGGAUGCAUUGUUACCGGGGUCACAUUUUCUAUAAUGAUAAACAAUUAAAUACCAAAAUAACAUACUAA